GGACAUUGGUCGUUGGUAACGUAUGCCGCCUUUCCACCUCCCAUCACGGUGAACGGCGAACGCUUUCCUCCACCGGGAAUUUGUCCGGGUUUGGUUCCGACGGCUACGCCAUCCGCGGCUGAUACUGCGCGAACGUGGCUGUCUCGAUCAAAUAAAUAUCCCGUUCUCCAUCUUUCCCUCACUCCGUCACAAUCCUUUUUCCCCGCUACUUUCCUUCGUUUGUUUGCCCGCCAUGAACGGAAAUGCCGAUGCCAGUGUGCAAGUCAUGUUCCAGACGAUUCUCUCUCUAAUGGAGAAAUCGCAACAAGACGUCGCAGAACUGAGGCAAGAAUGCGCUGAACUACGUGCAGCAAAUGCCAGCCUCGAACACCAAGUUCGGGAAGGAUUGCAGCACAAUAACCAUCGGUCGGGAUUUAUAACACCCGUACCUUCGAGCCCCCAGCUCCGUUCACGCUCGCCGUUCCUCUCACCGAACAUUCCGGUCGCCGUGCCCGCCUUUCCAUCGUCACACGCGCACCACCCCUCCCCGUUAGGCGACAACGUGCUCUCCUCGUUCCCAUUUGGAAAUACCCGGGAUAUACCAGGAUUCUACGUUGUUAUUCCCGCUGGCGGCGCCGGUACCCGUCUUUGGCCACUCUCUCGUGAAGGUCAUCCAAAGUUUUUGCUUGACCUCACUUUGAAAGGCCGCUCACUCAUUCAGGCCACAUGGGACCGUCUCUUGCCCCUUUCUUCCCAGGAUCGCACGACCAUCGUUGCAGGUCCCAGUCAUGUCAAGACUAUCCACGAGCAACUCCCUGAUCUCCACGCUGACAACCUCUUUUGUGAGCCUGGACCCAAGGAUUCUAUGGCAGCUAUUGGUCUCGCCGCAGCCAUUCUCUCCCAUAGAGAUCCCAAUGCUGUUAUUGGGUCCUUCGCUGCGGACCAUAUGAUUUCUGGCGACGACGCAUUUCUCGCAGCCGUUGCGGAGGCCGUCGUAGUCGCGCAGAAGGAUUACUUGGUCACCAUUGGUAUUGCCCCCUCCCAUCCGUCCACAGCUUUCGGUUACAUCCGACUCGGAGACAAGCUACCCAUCGAUGAAGCCCCCAACGCCCGCCUGGUGUCAAGUUUCAAGGAGAAACCCGAUGCGAGGACCGCAGCUGCGUACAUCGCGACAGGAAAGUACCGUUGGAACGCGGGAAUGUUCGUCACAAAGGCGACCUUCCUCCUCGAGCUCUUGAAAGAGUACAAGCCCGAGUUGCACGAUGGUCUGCAGAAGAUCGGCUCAGUAUGGGAUAACGAGAAGGAGCGCCAGAAGGCGCUCGACGAAAUCUGGCCUGAGCUGGAGAAGAUACCUAUCGAUAAUGCCGUCGCGGAACCUGCUGCAGCUGAGGGACGCGUUGCUGUUGUUCCUGCUACCUUUGGUUGGGACGACGUCGGUGAUUUCUCUUCGUUGGCGGAUCUUAUUCCCGCGGAAGCAAACCAGCCUCGUAUUUUGGGUGAUAAUAAUCUUGUUCUCACCGAACAAGUAGCGGGAGGAAUCGUCGUACCAGGAUCUGGUCGACUUAUCUCUUGUCUGGGUGUUGACGAUCUGGUCAUCGUGGACAUGCCGGACACUCUUCUUGUCACUACUCGCGCACGAUCUCAAGAAGUUAAGCGCCUCGUUAAGAAGGCCAGGGACGCUGGAUGGAAACACCUUUUAUAAUCAGGAUUCAGGAUUAUCAUUGGACACUGCUAUCUAUUAUAUCUCUCUCCCUCUCUCCCUCUUUGUGGACUUUAUUGGCGGGCAUAAUUAUUUAAAGACAACCUAUAUACUAGUUUUGCGGUCUACAUAUCCUCUCCUUAAAAUGAAAUCUGUAUUCGCCGAGACGUACCUAUUAACAUUUUCCCGUC